AAUUGAGAAAUGCACGCUUUGGUCCUGGUAUUUUAUAGUUUAAUUGUCUGCAAAUCUUGUGUUGCCGACUCUCGUAUUCAUUAUUUUUCUUUAUAUAAUUCAUCAAUGUUUACGUUUUAACUUUAAACUGGUCUGAAAGAAAUAGGGUCAUAGUGGAAGCACUCACUUGAAAGACUCAAGUAACAUUUUAAAAGAUGGCGGAAGACUUAGAUGUUGAAGCUAUGCUUGAAGCCCCUUACAUAAAAUCGGAUAACACGUCUUCGAAGCAUCGGUCGGACAAGCAUAACGAUAAGCACAGAGACAGAGAAAAGGAUAGUAGUAGAAGACGCAGCCGAUCAAGAGACAAAAGAAGAUCACGUGAUAGGGAUGUACGACGGUCUAAGGAUAAAGAUGACAAAAGGGACAGAGAUCGAGAUAAGGAUCGCAGGGACCGAGACCGAGAUCGGGAUAAGGAACGUGGUGGUCACAGGGAAAAAGAUCGAGAUAGGGAACGCGACAAAGACAAGGAACGCGAUAAAGAUAGGGGACGGGAAAGGGAUAGAGAAAAAAGGCGAAGCAAGGAAAGAGAAAGGAGUCGUGAUAGGGAAAGAAGUGCACACAUUGAGAAGAGGGAAAAAAGUCGUGAUAAGGAAUCCAGAACUGAAUAUCGUUCCAAAUCAAGAGGAGUAGAACCUAAGCUCGAUGAUUUGCCGCCUGAAGAACGUGAUUUGCGAACUGUAUUUUGUAUGCAAUUAUCACAACGUAUUAGGGCUAAAGAUUUAGAAGAAUUUUUUUCAUCUGUGGGAAAAGUUAGAGAUGUCAGAUUAAUAACAUGCAAUAAAACGCGACGGUUUAAAGGGAUUGCAUAUAUAGAGUUCAAGGAUGCUGAAUCAGUACCACUGGCAUUAGGAUUAACUGGGCAAAAAUUACUUGGUGUUCCCAUUAUUGUACAACACACUCAAGCAGAAAAGAAUAGAGUGGGAAAUUCACUGCCUAAUUUAGCACCAAAGACUUGUAAUGGACCAACGAGAUUAUAUGUGGGCUCAUUACAUUUUAAUAUAACUGAAGAUAUGUUACGGGGGAUAUUUGAACCAUUUGGAAAAAUUGAUCACAUACAACUUAUGACUGAUCCAGAUACAGGAAAAAGUAAAGGAUAUGGAUUCCUUACAUUCCACCAUGCGACAGACGCGAAGAAGGCCAUGGAGCAACUAAACGGUUUCGAGCUGGCUGGGCGGCCGAUGAAGGUGGGCAACGUGACAGAGCGCGCGGACGGCGGCUCCAACACGCGCUUCGACGCGGAUGAGCUCGACCGCGCCGGCGUCGACCUCGGCGCCACCGGCCGCUUGCAGCUCAUGUUCAAGCUGGCUGAGGGCACCGGCUUGCAGAUUCCUCCAGCAGCAGCAUCUGUACUAAUGGGAGCUGGAUCAACUUUAACAGCUCAACCUCAAGUUGCUCCACCAAUUGCAACACAAUGUUUUAUGCUAAAUAACAUGUUCGACCCAGCCACAGAAUCGAAUCCGAGCUGGGACAUCGAGAUUCGCGAUGACGUCAUCAGCGAAUGCAACAAACACGGCGGCGUUUUGCACGUCUACGUAGAUAAAGCUUCACCCCAAGGGAACGUGUACUGCAAGUGCCCUACGAUAGCUACAGCAGUGGCGUCAGUGAACUCGCUGCACGGCCGCUGGUUCGCGGGGCGCGUGAUCACGGCGGCUUACGUGCCUCUCGUCAACUAUCAUUCCUUAUUCCCCGACGCCAUGACUGCGCUCACACUCCUCUUGCCCACGCGCCAGAGAUAGACCACAAUCACUCGUAUCGGUUUCUCGAUAGAACGAUUCCUCGAUUUAAUAUGAUACCCUGAUUUUAAUAUAAAUAUAGUGUGUUGGCUUAAUUAUUAUAGAAUAAAAUAUUAAUUUUGUCGUUUUUAUUUU